CUGUCCCUCUGGGAAGAUGCAGACGCUCAGACUGCUGGUCACCAUGUUGGGCACUUGCCUGGGCCUGCUGGCAGCAGCUAUAGCAGCCACAGGUGCUAACCCCACCCAGCUAGAUACCCGCAGCAUGCUGCCCUCCCACCGGCGCCAGAAGAGAGACUGGAUUUGGAACGAGAUGCAUAUUGAUGAAGAGAAAACCUCCCUGCUCCCCCAUCAUGUGGGCAAGAUCAAGUCAAGCGUGAACCGCAAGAAUGCCAAGUACCUACUCAAAGGAGAGUCGGCGGGUAAGAUCUUUAAAGUCAAUGAGGAUACCGGGGACGUGUAUGCCUGGGAGAGGCUGGACCGGGAGAAGAAGUCUGAGUACCGCCUCACCGCCUUCAUUGUGGACAAGGACACCAGUAAGGACCUGGAGCCUCCUUCCAGCUUCACCAUCAAAGUCCAUGACGUGAACGACAACUUGCCCGUUUUCACACGCCAAUUAUUCAAUGCGUCUGUGCCUGAGAUGUCACCUGCAGGAACCUCAGUCAUUCAUGUGACAGCAGUGGACGCAGAUGACCCCACAGUGGCAGACCACACCUCUAUCGUGUAUCAAGUCCGGAAAGGAGAUGACAAAUUUGGCAUCGAUGGUUCUGGACUCAUUUUCACGAAAACCACAAAUUUGGACCGAGAGACACAGGGCAAAUACGAGAUCGUGGUGGAGGCACGAGAUGCCCGGGGCAAACAGGGGGAGUCAGGCACAGCCACUGUGCUGGUCACUCUGCAAGAUGUCAACGACAACUUCCCCAUCUUCACCCGGGACAAAUACACAUUUGCCGUGCCUGAAGACAUCCGCGUAGGCAGCCCCCUGGGCUCUGUGUUUGUUGAGGACCCAGAUGAGCCCCAGAACCGGAUGACCAAGUACAGCAUCGUGCAGGGCGAGUACAGGGACACCUUCACCAUCGAGACGGACCCCACCCGCAAUGAGGGCAUCAUCAAGCCCAUGAAGCCCCUAGACUAUGAGCGCAUCCCACAAUACAGCUUCACCAUCGAGGCCACAGACCCCACCGUCAACCUCCGCUACCUGAGCAGCAGCCCCACCAGAAGCAUCGCCCGCAUCACCAUCAAUGUCACCGAUGUGGAUGAGCCUCCCGUCUUCCACAAGCCCUUCUACCACUUCUCCCUGCAGGAGAACCAGAAGAAACGUCAGAUCGGCUCAGUGAUGGCCACGGACCCUGACUCGGCUCGGCACAGCAUUGGAUACUCCAUCCGAAGGACCAGUGACAAGGGCCAGUUCUUCCGAGUAAGCAAACUGGGGAACAUUUACAAUGAGAAAGAACUAGACAGAGAAAUCUACCCCUGGUAUAACCUGACUGUGGAGGCCAAAGAACUGGAUUCUAGUGGGACCCCCACGGGCAAGGAAUCCAUUGUGCAGGUCCACAUUGAAGUCCUGGAUGAGAACGACAAUGCCCCAGAGUUUGCCCAGCCCUAUGAGCCUAAAGUGUGUGAGAACGCUGCCCCAGGCCAGCUGGUCGUGCGGAUUUCAGCAAUAGAUAAGGACAUAACCCCGUCGGAUGUGAGGUUCAGAUUCUCCCUGAGCACUGAAGACAGCAACUUCACUCUUAUGGAUAAUCGGGACAACACAGCCAACAUCACGGUCAAGUACGGGCAGUUUGACCGGGAGCGUGUCAAGGUCCACUUCCUGCCUGUGCUCAUCUCGGACAAUGGAACGCCCAGCCUCACCGGCACCAGCACGUUGACUGUGGCGGUGUGCAAGUGCAAUGAGCGUGGCGAGAUCACCUUCUGUGAGGAGGCGACACCCCAGGUGGGCGUCAGCAUCCAGGCGCUGGUAGCCAUCUUCCUCUGCAUCCUCACCGUAACUGUGAUCACCCUCCUCAUCUUCCUGCGCCGGCGGCUCCGGAAGCAGGCCCGCGCCCACGGCAAGAGCUUGCCUGAGAUCCACGAGCAGCUGGUCACCUACGACGAGGAGGGCGGCGGCGAGAUGGACACCACCAGCUACGACGUGUCAGUGCUCAACUCGGUGCGCCGCGGCGGGGCCCAGCCCCCGCGCACGCCCGACACGCGCCCGCCGCACUAUGCGCAGGUGCAGAAGCCGCCGCGGCGGGGGCCCGGCAUGCACAGCGCGCCCGGCGAGAUGGCGGCCAUGAUCGAGGUGAAGAAGGACGAGGCGGACCACGACGGCGCCGGGCCCCCCUACGACACGCUGCACAUUUACGGCUACGAGGGCGCCGAGUCCAUCGCCGAGUCGCUCAGCUCCUUGAGUACCGACUCGUCCGCCUCUGACGUCGACUAUGACUUCCUCAAUGACUGGGGACCCCGGUUCAAGAUGCUGGCCGAGCUGUAUGGCUCGGACCCCCGGGAGGAACCGCUGUAUUAGGGGGGCUGGCCUUCUGGGCCUGGGGACCCAAACGGCUGCAGCCCAAGCCAGCCGGACACCAGGCACCGAGUUCUGGAACAGUGACACUGAGACCAGGUCCAGCACCCCUUCCUCAUGGAUUCCGGGCUACCCCUGAAUAGCAAAAUCCAGGCCCCUGAAGCGUCCAGAAGGUGCUUCGGUGAUUGCUACCCCCUAAAUGCUGGAAAUGCCGGUUUAGUGUUCUCACUGGGCUCGGACAUCUCCACGACCAUGUUGCCCCCACCACGAAUCUAACGCAGACUUUCUCUGGCUCCUCAGGGCUGCAAUGCAAAGCAGCUUGGGCCCGACUGCAGUGAUCCCCGAGCCCCGGGUAAGGCCAGUACACUCCUGGUGCCUGUCUGUCUGGAAACAAAGGACUGGACAGCCUGACGGGGGGCGGGGCGGGGGGGCAAGACUCUCUGAAGCCCAGGUCCAGGGGAGACUGGGACUGCCUAUCACACCUGCUCUCAGGAGCCCCAGCCUUACGCUUCCCCUUCCCAGGCCUGUCCAGAGGAAGGAAGGGACCAUUUGGCAGCUCCUUACCUCCAGACCUGAGGUGACCUCACGUUGGAACUGUGCUAUACUGAGUAUUGAACUGUUCAACCCAAUUCAGGGAAAUGGCUUGUUGAGCUUUGAAGCAACUGUGAAUUCAUCCUGGAGGGGACAGUGGAAACUAAGUGUGACAGAUCACAGGGUGUGGGCCACCCGGCCACCUCUACACCCAGCUCCUCUGGAGAGGGCCUAGAGUAGCUGGGUCCCCAUUUGACCCUCAUCACCACCCCUCCAGGUUUGCCUGUGAGGUGAAGCAGAUAUUCCUGGAGCAGGUGACCUUUCCCCAUCUCUGCCUUGCCCAGUCACCAUUCCUCCGUCUUUCUCUCUCCCUCCUCUCUCUCACCUUCUCUCUGCGUUUUAGCUGGUUAUCUCUUCCUGUCCUUCCCUUUGCAUUGUCAGUUCUCUGCCUCCCACAGCUCCUCUCCCUGCCUCUGUGCCUUUGGUUCUCUGUCUCCUUGUCUCUCUGGCUGUGUGUGUGUGUUUGUCUCCUCCUUUUCUCUUGACUUAGAGGCACCCAGGUUGUGGCCCACAGCAACUCUUGCCAAUGUCCAAGCCCCAACACAGCUGCAGGACAAGUCAUCUCCCUUUGCACCUUUUUGUUGCCACAUCUCAGGAAAUCCCAGCAGGGCCCAUCACUCAGGCCCCACAUGCUACGGAAGAUGCCGCCCCUGCCUUGUGCAAGCACUUGGGUCACCCAUGCAUCUCCUACCUUCAGCCACAUAUGGAUCAUUCCACUGCAAACAUGCCUUGGCAAAGUGGUGUCAAUCAGUGAAGAGGAGCCAAGGGAGGAAGCAAUGUCUCCAGCUCACCCUUUGCCAUGGACCAAGACUUCUGCUCUGGGCCCUGCCCGAUCAGGCCCUUCACACUGGCAGGAAUUGUAGAUUAACACUGUCCUUUUUUUUUUUUUAACCAGUAACUAGUUUUUCAUAAUGAUGUUUUUUACUAAUAAUACUUACAAGUUUCUAGUUCUCACAAACAUAGAAUAAGUGGGGUUUUUUGCAUAAUAAACAGGUUGCUAUUUAGGUUGGCAGUUUUAAUUCAGGGUUUUUUAGUUGGAUAAACAAAUUCCUGUAACUUCCUAUUUCCUAUCAUUGUACUAAUUGCUGUAGAGAUAACGGCUAUAUAUUGGCCACACUGGUGCAUGGGAUGUACUGUUCUGUUUUGUUUUUAUACCUAAAUAAAGAAAUAUCUUGGAAUUCUUCCAUUUCUGGGUCAUUAAACUAAAGCAUCACAGAACUGAGAGCUCAUGUAAAACACACACAGGGGCUCACGCCACCACCACCAUCAUCAAAGGAACCAAGAGGGCAAAGGGACAUUUGCAGUCAAGGUUCCACAGUCAAUACAGAAAAGAGAAUGGAGCAAAAAGUCAAGAGGGACACCUAGUCUAGCCCCCUGUCCUGCCAGAGCCCCAUGCCUUCACCCAGCCUCUGUACAGUACCCCCCAACACACAACUCCUACCCUACACAGCAGGCAGGACCUCUGGAAGCUGGAGCCACAAUAUGUUCACAUUUGCCAAAUAAGGAACCAGCAGGAUGAGAUACAUGAGGGAGGAAAUCAACCUCCAACUUAUGAUUGACAACAGUGAUUCACUAACUGGCAGCUUUUUGAGGUAUGUGGACCCCAACAUUGGAGUCCUUCCUGGAAAACCUCACAUUCAAAAUGAGAAGAAAGUACCUCCUUGCCAGACCUGGGUCUUGAAUUGAGGACUGGAAGGAUGGAUCCCACUUCAGCAAGGCCUGUGCUCCUUGACCUCUGCCAGCAGGAUGUCCUGGACAGUGUCCUCGGAGAAUGAUACUGUACAAACUGCGGUCUAGACAAACUGCUUCUUGGAGCUCUUGGGUCAGUUUGUCUCAAUUCUAAUUUUUGUUCUUAUUUCCCUUGUGAUUUUUUUUUUCCUUUUUGUGACUCGUUGGUUAUUUAGGAAUAUGUUGUUUAAUUUCCACGUAUUUGUGAAUUUUACAGAUUUCCUUCUAUUGAUUUCUAAGUUUAUUCUCUUAUCGUUAGAGAACAUUAUAUGAUUUCAGUCAUUUUAAAUUUAUUGAGACUUGUUUUAUGGGCUAACGUAUGGUCUAUCCUGGAGAAUGUUCCAUGUGCACUUGAGAAAGAAUAUGUAUUCCACUGUUACCAAGUAGAAUAUUCUAUUGAUGUCUGUUAGAUCUAGUUAGUUUAUAGUGUUGAAGUCUUCUAUUUCCUCAUUGAUUUUCUGUCUCAUUCUAUCCAUUGUUGAAAGUGGGAUAUUGGAGUCUCUGAUUAUUACUGUUGAAUUAUCUAUUUCUCCCUUCAAUUCUGUCAGUUUUUGCUUCAUGCACUUUGGAACUCUGUUGUUAGGGGAAUAUAGGUUUAUAAUUGUUAUAUCUUCUUGAUGAUUAACACUUUUAGCACUAUAAUAGGUACUUCUUUGUCUCUAAUAACAAUUUUUAUCCUAAAGUCUAUUUUGUCUGAUAUUAGUAUAGUCACUACAGCUCUAUUUUGGUUACUAUACACAUGCCUUUUUCCAUCCUUUUACUUUCAACAUAUUUGUGUUGUGAAUAUAAAGUGUGUCUUUUGUAGACUGAAUAUAGUUGGAUCACGGUUUUUUAUCCAUUCUACCAACUUCUGACUUUUGAUCGGAGUGUUUAAUCCUUUUACAUUUAAUGUAAUUACAAUAAGUUAGGACUUACGUCUGCCAUUUUGUAUUUGUUUUCUAUAUGUCUUACCUCAUUUUCGAUUGUGUAAAGGUGUAAUAUAUAUGACAAUAAUAGCACAAAAAAGACAGGAGGGCAUGAAACUAUGUAGGAGCAAAGGUUAUGUACACUAUUGUAAAAAUGACAUGGUAGGGGUAUCUGACCUCCUGUAACUUCAUGAGAGAGAAGGAGACUAAAGAUCAACAGCCCAAGGCUGAUUCCUAUGAGGCCAAGGUCAGACAUGCCUCCACCCUCCAACCUUUUUACCAAUACUCCCAUCAAUCAUCCCUCCCACAGUACUCUCCACUUCUCUGCUGGGUUCAGUAACUUCUUGUAGUGGCCACACAGAACUCACAGAUAAUACUUAAAAUUACAGGGUUUAUUAGGGAAGUAACAGGUUAUAAUUCAGGUUCGGGAAUGCUCAGGAUACAGUUCUUCAAUCAGGACAGCCUCUUCUAAGCCAUAUCCACAGGCACACCUCUCUCUAGCCCCUUGGCCUCUGCCCUGCUCAGGCAAGUGUUAAACAAAGCUCUUUUAGCUCUACUGAUAAGUGCCCCAAGGCACCCCUCUCCACCAGGAAGCCUUGGCCAGAAGGCACUCAGCUCUAGCUCUGUGGGUCAGCAAAGCUAGCUCUACCAGGUGCCCAGAGGCACCAUACCCUGCCAUCAAGUCUCUGGCCCAAAAGCCCUCAGCUUUCUCACUCCAUGGUCAGGGAAGCCUUCCGUACCAUCUGCCAGUCUCCUGCCACCACUUCUCACCAUCUUCAGUGUUACAGCUCUCUCUCUCCAUCUCCUGAUUCCAGGAUCUUCUCAGCACAAGGAGCCUAGGUCCAAAGGAUGCACGCCACUCCUGGCUUUUCUUUCUUGGUGGUGGUGAAAUCCUCCCUUCCUGCCUCUAGCUAGGAUGGCUCAUUUUAAGUCUAACAGGAUGGCAAAACUGACCAAUCUCCUCCUUAGAGUUCCAUGCAUCUUAUUUGCAUGUUCCUACCCCGAUGAGGGUGCCAUGCACCUUAUUUACAUUAUUAGCAAGCUAUCGAAUCCCCUUGGUGGGCCACAAGCACCUCAUUUGCUU